CUCCCCCUGUGUGUGUGUGCUGAGUGUGUCCGGACUGCACCGGGCGGGGCGAGCGAUCCCUCCCGGCCGGUCCCCGGGUAUAUAGAGUACUGCCGGGGGCACGCCAUGCAGUGUCCGGGCCCCCAGUUUAGCAGCACGGAGCUAGCACAGAGUCAGCAGCCGGACAGCAACAGUGAGUGCAGCGCGGACUCGGCUCCCCGGGACUCCUCACAGCGGAGAACUGCACAACUCGGACACAGGAGACCUGACUGCCCCUGAGCGGCCGCCCCGGGAAUUACAGCACAUGGACAGCAGCGCCGGACAUCUGGACUAAUUUGGGAUAUACUGAGUGCCCACUGACUUAUCGUGCCCAGCCCGGGAUAUACUGAGUGCCCAUUCAGACUGCACUGAUUUAUCCUGCCAAGCUUUGGAUAUACUGAGUGCCCCCUCACACUCUGCCCCGACUUACCGUGCCCAGCCUGGGAUAUAGUGUGUGAACUCUCCGAGCUCAAUCAGCCAUUGCCCCCAGUCCUGGUCGGUGACCCUAUACAAUGAAUAUAGUGCUGGAGUUCUUCGUUGUCACGUUCAAGGUGCUGUGGGCCUUCGUGCUGGCAGCGGCUAAGUGGCUGGUUCGUCCCAAAGAGAAGAGUGUGGCCGGCCAGGUGUGCCUGAUCACAGGGGCCGGCAGUGGACUAGGUCGCCUCUUUGCGCUGGAGUUUGCCAGGCGCCGGGCACAGCUGGUACUAUGGGACAUUAAUAGCGAGAGCAACGAGGAGACCGCAGACAUGGUGCGAGAAAUCUACCGACAGCUAGAGGCAGAGGACGCCCUGCGGGCAACCAGUAAUUCUGUGGAAGAAGAGGUACCCCCAUGCUGCAACCUACAGGUCUAUACGUACACCUGUGACGUAGGCAAGCGAGAAAAAGUGUAUUCGACUGCUGAAAAAGUCCGCAGGGAAGUGGGAGAUGUCUUUCUGCUGCUGAAUAAUGCCGGAGUCGUUUCGGGACACCAUCUGCUUGAAUGCCCUGAUGAGUUGAUUGAAAGGACUAUGAUGGUCAAUUGCCAUGCUCACUUUUGGACCACAAAGGCAUUCCUCCCCAAAAUGAUGGAAAUGAAUCAUGGACAUAUUGUUACUGUUGCCAGCUCAUUGGGAUUGUUCAGCACCGCAGGAGUAGAGGAUUAUUGUGCCAGCAAGUUUGGUGCUGUGGGCUUCCAUGAAUCUCUCAGCCAUGAACUGAAAGCGGCAGACAAAGAUGGGAUUAAAACUACACUGGUUUGUCCUUAUCUGGUUGACACUGGCAUGUUCCGUGGCUGCAGAAUCAGGAAAGAAAUUGAGCCCUUCCUCCCACCCUUGAAACCAGAUUACUGUGUGAAGCAGGCUACGAGAGCGAUCCUUACAGACCAGCCUAUGAUCUGUACGCCUCGUCUCUUGUACAUGGUGACCUGCAUGAAAAGCAUCCUGCCGUUUGAAGCUGUGGUCUGCAUGUACCGGUUUCUAGGAGCAGACAAAUGCAUGUACCCUUUCAUCGCUCAAAGGAAACAAGCCACGAACAACAAUGAAGCUAAAAAUGGAAUUUAACCUUUUUGUGUACUUAGUGUAACUCCUAUUUUUGUGUUUUGUGCUUAGACUGACAUUUAAUGUACUGCACAGUCAACAAAUUGACUGACUGAAUUGGGAGAAGCACUUGUGCAUCAGUAUGAUGUGUGUCCAUUAUUCCUACAGCAUUGUGGCAUCUCGGCUCAUGGACUGAACAUCAUAUUCCCAUGAGACUUUCCCUUCCCAGCCCUGUUCUAUACACUGUACAUUUGACUUUAGAGUUCUAGCAAAAUGUGACCAAUAAGGGUAUAAUAUAAAGCAUAAUCGUAGCAAUAAAUUUGCUUCUUUAGUGGUACUGUACAUACAGUAAAGUGUAGCAAAUCCAUUUCUUUAAACAAACUGUUACACUAACAUGUAUUUUAAAAGGAUUAAUAAAACUUCAUAUAAUUCUAGUUCCAUUUUUAGAUGUUUGAAUGGAAAUUCUCUAAUUAUCUGGAGUUAAAAAAAAAAUAGGUUUUUAGCAAAUGUUUCUUUUCAAUGCAAUUUUUUAUUUUUGCAUUGUUGGUAUUUUUUGAUAGGUUACAAUCUUUCAUGAUGAAAUGUCUUAUUUAUGCUGAAAUAUACAUUGUAAAGCAGCAAUUUUUUUUUUUUAGGGGGGGCGGGGGCAGCAGAGUGCCCACAUUUUAUCUCUAAAAACAAGUUGUUGAAGACUGCAUGAAAUUCUGGGGAAAGAAUUGCAUUGAUCCCUUCCCCGAUAUCGUCAUUUUGGCAUGUAGAAAAUCUUCAUGUAUAUGCCAUUGAAACAAAUCCUCACUACUUGUACAUGUGAAAUAUUUAAGGGUGUAAAGAUGGGAUUUUGUUGUGUUAGAAAACUUAUUCCCUUUUUUUUUUUUUUUUUCUCUCCCAUAUUUUGUACAGAAAACAUUUUACAAUUGUGCCUUGGAUUUAGUAACACGCAUUGUAAAGUGAAUUUCUACCUCUGUAUCUAAAAGUGUACCAUUUUCUUGUAAAUUACUAUAAAACAUAUAUGUGAUUUUUACAAUUUUUUUUUUUCUUCUAAUUAUUAUUACUUUUGACGUCUUAAGUAUUGACCAGUGUCUGGUUUUAUUAAAGCAAAUAUACAACGAAUACUAAUGUUUCCAUAGAGACUUCAGUGUGACUGUAAAUUUGGAUAUGUUCCUACAAAAUUAGGUUGAUGGCUUUCAUUGGGAAUCCAGUAAAUGCUUCUGAAAUAUCUUCUGGAACCAGAGUACUGUUCAUGUAGUUUAUGGGUGUCUAACUUCAGACUGUCAGGAUUGAACAUAGCCAAGCUCUUAGGAUAAAUCGUUCCAUGAUUUCCAGUGUUUUUAGUCACAUGUUAAUCCGCCGAACCGCACACAACAAGGCAUUUAUAAGUACUUGCAUCCCUUGAGCCCUAAUGGCUUUUGUGUUGUGUUUGUGUUUUUUUUCUCAUUUAUUUUACAUGAAUGACUAGCAGAUCUAUUACACUGUAAGCAAGCCUAUAGACGUAACUUUUAAAGACCCCACCCUCCCCCAAUAAGAGCAGAAACACCGCAAAGAAGCCCAUUUACCACCAGCAAGAUGAGUGCACUUAAAACAAAAUGAUCUUAAUUAUUUAUAACAAUAUUGAUUUUAAAUAAACAGAAUAUGUCCAUGGGUAUAUCCUAAAAUAACCAGUAUAACCAAGGGAGUCCUAAACUGUUUAGUCUGUAUCUGGGUUCUUUCAUGGGGAGAGAGACUGAACUCCUCUGGGGAUCAUAAUGAAACAUUUAAUGGCAGAUGAGUUCAUAGUUAGAAAAGAAAAAGAAAAAACACAGACUAAAAUGGUAAACUGCCUAGCAGCUAAAGGACUGGGGAAACAUUUACUGUUAAGGAAAAGACUGUUUUUAGAACCUUUUAAAUUAAGAGUUGGAUACUCCUGUCCUAAUCAGCUGAGAGGAAAGAGCUUAACCCAUUUGUAGUACUUGCAUGUACUAUCCAGCAAAUCAUAAAUUGAAUUCCCCCUUCCUUAACAUAGGGGCCACCUGUUUGACCACAG